GUAAACCUUCCCAAAAAGGCCAGUGGAAAACUGCCUAGCCCACAGAUUUCAGUUCUCCAUUAAAAUACGAAAAAGGUGAAACAUAAAAGUCAAGAUGUACGCCUUGCUGGUGGCAAUCUCCACGGCAAUCUACACUACGGUGGCCACCAUCUGGCAGGUUGAAGAGACCCUAUUCAGUUGGAUGAUGUCGAUCAGUCUGUUCACGUUGGGUCUGAUUUGUAAGCCGUACUUGCUGCUUCCCCUGCUCGCUGCCGGGUUCGUCAUGGUGCGCCGUGUCUUGCUUCGUUGCGGAAAGCCGACCAAAAACAGGAAGUCACUGGGGGACAACGAUUCUGGGUCGGGAUACUCCAGGCGUUACACACAUAAUACCUCGUCACGCGGCACCGAGAGCUUCUCCCAAGAAGAUAGCAUGGAGGACACAUCCCAGAACUAGCCGAGCAGCGGACUCUAAUAACCACACGACUAGUUGUUUCACGGGUUUAUUAAACAUACAAAAUACAUCUUAUUAAACAUGAUACACAUUCGAUGAGAACACACAUGUACACUUGUGUAGGGGUGUGGUGGAUGGAUCCUAAGACUAAGGAAAUUAUAAAAUA